AUGGAGAAUUUGCGAACGAUAUCAGAAUUAAAGACUUUGUUUAUCAGAAACCAGGUCCGCACCCUUUCUGCCUCGAUUGCGCCGCAGGAGGGAUGGCGCGACUACGCGCCCGAGACGGAAGACAACCUGAGCGAGAAAACAGUAGAGGAAGUUUUACAAAAAUUAAACAGCACGUUGAAGCAGCACAAUCGCGUUGUUUACUCCAAUCAGGCCAUUCAACAUGUUGCCCGUCAGAUUGAGAGCUUGUAUUGGGAGUCAGUCAAGAAAGAAGCCAUCGGCCCGGCUAAAGAGUUGAGUGGAGUCGAGCUGGGCUCGGACUUGUCGAAUCAUCACGUGAUUGAGAAACUCCCUGAACAAUAUGCGGGCGAAGAUAUUUCAGAAGAAGAUAGAAUCAGGUACGAAAGUUUAUACCAACGACUAGUGGCGCUGGACAGCCGGCGACAGGUACAGCAGAAACGACUGGCUCAAUACAGGCAACUGGAAGCCCUUCUCGAGCCACUGAAAAAUCCACAAGAGAAUAUCCAGCCGAACCUGAUCACGCGAGACGGCGAGCUUAUUCAAGAGAUUGACAAGAUGAGAAUGCUGGUGGCAAGGGUGGGUGGACGAGUUCGCAAAACCCCUUCGUCCCAGCUGGGGACUGAGUCGAGCACGAUAUCAGCGGCAGAUCCAGACGAUAAACUUGCAGCGCUGCUAGACUUCAACCGGAGAAUCAAAGUUCCGCCACUACAGCCCAUGGCGCGCCCAUCGACCAGCGGAGACGAAGCAUCGCGCUUCUCGGACGACACUGAGUCUGACGUCGGUUUCGCCAACGCAGACAAGUCUGUCCACAGCAGCUGGGAAGUCACUAACCGAAAAAACAACAACAAUAACAACAUCCCAUCCGACACCGUGUCGGACCAACGCAGUCAGCAGCAGCAGGCCGCGGCUGUCGAAGCACCGCUCCCCCAAGCUCCGAGCCUCCCAUCGCGCCCGGUCUCUCGAAGCUUCGCGGUCUUUGCGCAGGACGACCUCGCCCUUGGGAGCAUGACGGCAAACGGAGCCUCGAUGGGAAACUUUGUGGAGAAUUCGCCGAAUGUAAACAUGGCCAACAUGGCUCGCCAGCCUCAAUCUCCCGCUGCUCAGCAUGCAGUUCCCCAGGUCAACGGCGGCGGCGCGGUCGGCAACAACAUGAUGGCUGGCCUCCCCAUGAAUGCCGGGCACCAGAUGGAUCUCAACAAUCUCUACGAGAUGGUCAUUGAGUUCAGUGAUGUCCUCAAGCACAACCGCGAGAUGACCCGUGGCAUUGUUGCUAGCGCUGAAGAGCUCAUGCGACGUUCAACUGCCGAAGGUGCCAGUCCCGAUAUCCAACAGAUUGGAGGCGAAAUUUCUGCUGCCCGCAUUGCAGAGCUAGAGCGUGCCUUGGCCAAAGAACGGCACACCGUGGAAAUUCUGAGGCGCGAGCAAGUCGAGAACACAAAACUGAUUGGCGAUUUUGAAUCGACCUUGGGUAUCGUCGUUGAGCAAAUUCGCAACUAUUGCCAGGACAACAACAUGUACUUUCUUGCGCAAAAGAAGGACUACAACUCUCUCCUGCAAGCCGAACGUGACGCCCACCUCGACAGCCGCUUGGACCGUGACCAUUGGCAUGCCCAGACAAUUCGUCUUGCAGAGAUGUUACGCACUGCAUACCGCUUACGUUGUGAGGAGGACGUAGCGCCUACCCGCAUUGUGCAAGGCCUCCAGAGCGAGGUCCGCGCUCUUCGUUCAGCCAUUGGUCUUGAGCCUGAGAAGCCUGAAGAGGAAACGGGUUACGAGUUCCUCAAGGAUCUUCCUUCGGGUGAAGAAUAA